AUGCGCGGAGCUGUUCGUCGCCUGCACGUGCGCGCUCUUGUGGUGCUUUGGCUCGGGACACUUCAUGGAUGUAGAAAUUGUGAAGCUGCCCCGAACCCUUCUUCACCGCUUCAAGGCUCCAACUGGGGAAACCCGCGGAGAUACGUGCACCUGCGCUCCAGCACCGAGCUCAACAACUUCUACUUGGAGAUCAGCUUGACUGGACACGUGCGUAAAACAACGCACCGGGGUUCAUACAGUGUGAUGUUGCUGAAAGCAGAAAGCCGGGACCAGAUUGCAAUAUUUGGAGUGAAAAGUAACCGGUUCUUGUGCAUGGACGCAAAUGGAAAUCUUUUUACAUCUACACUUUGCCACAGGGAUGACUGCCUCUUCCAUCACAAACUCUUGGAAAACCACCGUGACGUGUACUACUCUACCCGCAAUGCCAUACUUCUGGAUCUGGAUGGUGUGAAGCAGGUGUACACAUCGGGUCGCAAUGUGGCGCAGACGUCCCUCUUCAUGUCUGAGAAGAGCACAGUUCCGCUGGAGCGUUUGCAGCACCGGGAGCGACGCGACCGCCAGGCGGAGGAGUCGGACUCGCGCGCCGCCCGUGAUGACGACGUCGACCUCGAUGUUGAGCGCCCUGAGGACCGCAAGAGCUCGCGGGAAACUUACGCGUCACCUAAUGACGACGACCCUUGGGACGUGGAGCACGUCAGGAACCCCGGGAGCCCUCGGAUGUCAGGGACAGUGGGGUGA